GCUGUUCCUCCUCCUAUUACGUCCUGCCCUCUUGCCUUCCUUCCGUCAAAACCUGCAUCACAUCCCCAACAACUACGAGUGUACUUCCUGCCGCCAAUUGUCUAUUUUUCACAUCGGAUCCACCCAUUUGAAAAUAAUGGCGGCUGCGCAAGUGAUUUCCAAUUCCGGACACGAUGAUAUGAUUCACGACGCUGGGCUGGAUUACUAUGGCCGCAGAUUGGCGACAUGCUCCUCAGACAAGACGAUCAAGAUUUUCGAAAUUGAAGGCGAGACACACCGACUGAUUGAAACUUUGAAAGGCCAUGAAGGAGCCGUCUGGUGUGUUGCAUGGGCGCAUCCGAAAUUUGGCACUAUUCUGGCAUCCUCCUCCUAUGAUGGAAAAGUGCUUAUUUGGCGUGAGCAAAAUCAGAACACGACAUCCCCCAUCGGCAGUGGUGUCUGGACUAAAGUCUUCGACUUCUCGCUUCAUACUGCUUCGGUGAACAUGGUAUCCUGGGCUCCUCAUGAAAACGGUUGUGUCUUGGCCUGCGCCUCCUCGGACGGUCACGUUAGCGUCCUUGAAUUCCGUGAUAACAGCUGGACUCAUCAAAUCUUUCAUGCGCAUGGCAUGGGCGUGAACUCCAUCAGUUGGGCACCUGCUGCAGCCCCUGGAAGUUUAAUCAGCGCCAACCCUGGGUUUGGCCAGCAGCGCAGGUUCGUGACGGGUGGAAGCGAUAACUUGCUCAAGAUUUGGGAUUAUAACCCUGACUCUAAAUCAUACAAUCUCACCCAGUCGCUAGAAGGCCACUCUGAUUGGGUUCGAGACGUCGCUUGGUCGCCUAGCAUCCUUUCCAAGUCCUACAUCGCAUCCGCUUCGCAAGACAAGACUGUCCGGAUCUGGACCUCGGAUGCAUCCAACGCUGGGCAGUGGAUCAGUCAGCAACUCGAAUUCGACACUGUCCUGUGGAGGGUAAGCUGGAGCCCAAGCGGCAACAUACUUGCAGUGAGUGGAGGGGAUAAUAAAGUCAGUCUAUGGAAGGAGAACCUUAAGGGGCAAUGGGAGAAGGUGAAGGAUAUCGAAGAGUAGGACCUGUGUUCUUCGCCAGCUUUAUCAUUCGCUUCUUAUUGUAAUUCAUUAAUGGUUCGAUCGAGCUCCUGUCAGUGAUUGUCCGAUCCUCUGGCUCUGAAUUUUCCUUCUCCUUCAUUAAUUGUGCCUUGAAAGCAAUAGCAACAGAACUCAGUUUUUUCAAACAUGUAUGUAUUCAGAUUCACCUUGUCUGACACUCUGAAAGGCACAUGACCUCGAGAUGAGCGAGUGCUUGAGAUCAAACAUGAUCUAAAUAAGUGGCAAGGGCAGGGGACAAGAUUCAGCUCUUUUGAAAAAGCAGCCAUGUGCAGAUGAGGG